AUGAAGAAGUAUAAGUGUGCUAAGCAGAUAAGGAAAAAGGGUUGCCCGUACUAUGAGGAGUUGGAGAUCAUAUAUUCUGGGUCUAGUGCAACUAGUUUCAGCUCUAUGGGCAAUGUGGAGACCCCUUCAGAGGAAGAAAAUGAUCAAAUACCACUAACACAAGAGUUGAUUGGUAACAACUCCCUCAAUGACAUACAAACACCUUAUGCCUCCACUCUAGACACCCCAAAAGGUGACAUUGACAUAGAGAUUCAGCCAACUACAAACAUGUUAACAAGAAGGGGUUCCCUACCAUCAUCUCUCAAGAAAGGGAAGAGAGCUAAGCAAGGAGGUGAUCUUAUGCCUACUAUGGAGAUAUGGUAUGAGAUAUCCAAACGUAGGAUGUCCAUGAUUGAGUUUCAAAUGGAGAGGCAGAUUAGAAAAGAUAAAGAAAUGGAAGAACGGAGUAAGGAGAACCCAAUCUCUAAAAGUAUGGAAGUUGUGAAUGAAUUCUUGAUGAUGGGAGUCAUCAAUGUUGGACAAAUCUUGAAGGCAGCUCAAGCCUUCAAGGAUGAGUAUGGAGGUUCCAGCAUUCUAAGAGCACUAUUGGUGUUCACUUUAGGAGAACUUGCAAAGCAAUAUGAUUGCAUUGGUGCAAUUAACGGUACCCAUAUGAGUGCAUGGGUUCAUCGGGAAGAACAAAUUCCAUAUAGAGGAAGAAAAUCGCGGUGCACUACAAAGGUGUUAGCAGUGUGCUCAUUCGAUAUGCAGUUUACAUUUGUUCAUGUAGAUUGGGAAGGAUCAGCACAUGACUCUAGAGUGGGACAUCAAAGGUUUAGAUCGAAGAAGGAAUUAUUCAAUUACAAGCAUUUUUCAGUAAGGAACAUUAUAGAGAGAUGUUUCGGUAUAUUGAAAGGGAAGUUUCUUAUCUUACAAAACAUGCCAUCUUUUGACUUACGGAUGCAAUGUUACAUUGUUAUGGCUUGUUUCAUCACAUACAAUUUCAUUAAGAGAGAAACUAUUCACGAUAAAGAUAUUGAUACAUGGUCAAGGGAGGACAUGACAGUUAGGGAUGAAGGUGAAAAUUAUGACGAUGAUACAGAUGAUGAUAGUGAACAAAUGGACUUUAGACCAACUAAUGUUAGUGAUAACAUAGUUGAUAGGAUGUGGGAGCAAUAUCAAUUGUACCGGUCUUAUGCUUGA